AUGAAAGAAACCCGUAUCGAUCGAGUUUUCAUGCCAUGUCGCAAACUAGCUACAACAACCGAUCUACGAAACCUUACUGCCUACUACGAUAUUAUUGUUACGAAACAAAUCUCGUACUUGGUCCCACAAUUAUUGUCUAUCCCUCGACAAAUCUAUCUUAGUACGACACGAAAGCGACUGAUACGAUGGCCCGUUAAGGAAACCGAACAAUUGCGCGAUAAGAAGCAUCAUGUUACUUAUUCUAGCAAGAACCUUAAAGGAGAAUCAUUAUUUGAAGUUUCAGGCAUCACAGCCUCACAGGUUGACAUAGAAGUCUCCUUUAUGCUCCCGAAACUAGAAGAGGUCGAGGUUUUGGACCCCAAUUGGAACGAUCCUCAACUUCUUUGUAGCGCAAAGACAGCAACGGUCGGUGGUCGAGCUGGACCAUUUGGCUUAUUGGUUAUGGCUUCUGAAAAUUUGGCUGAACAAACCGCAGUCUUCUUUCGUAUAUUCAAAGACAACGAUCAAUUUGUUGUUCUAAUGUGUAGUGAUCAAAGCAGGUCAUCCUUGAGACAAGGUAUCGAUAAAACUAUAUACGGAGCUUUUAUCCACAUAGAUCGUAACGACAAAAUGAUUUCACUUGGGAGCUUGAUAGAUCAUUCGGUGAUUGAGAGUUUCGGAGGCGAAGGCAGAGCAUGCAUUAGCAGAGUUUACCCGCGAUUUCUCGAGCAUAAAGAAGCCCAUAUCUAUGCUUUUAACAAUGGAAGUCUUGAUGUUGUUAUUCCAAAGUUAGAUGCUUGGAAUAUGAAGAAGGCCAAAGGCAACUCAUGA